AUGGUGUGUUACAAUCAACAGAGAAAAAAAACAACUGGAACUCUGUUCUCACUCUCCCAGAAAAACCAAUCUGUACAGCUUAAUCUGGGCAGCACAUCACUAGAGAUUGAAGACCAACAAACAUAUCUUGGAGUAACCUUUGAUAAAAGAAUGACAUGGAAGCAGCAUAUAACAUCAGCUGAAGCAAAAGCAAGAAGAAAACUAAGCAUCAUGAGGAAAUUGGCAGGAACAAAUUGGGGUGCCAAUGAAAAAAUAUUAAAAUCAGUUUACCAGGGGAAUGUUCGUCCACAUCUCGAAUAUGGAUCUACCUCAUGGAUGACAGCAGCAAAAACCCACCUACAGACCUUAGACAAAGUACAGAACCAGGCACUACGAAUCAUCACAGGUGCCAUGAAGUCAACCCCAAUACAUAGUAUGGAGGAGAUAACAAACUUAACUCCGCUAAGUAAGAGAAUGGAGUGCAAUGCAAUGUUACAAGCCGCAAAAUACUGCUGUACUGAAGAUCACCCAAUGAAUAAUAGACUAACGCAACUCUCAUCAGGCAGACUGAAAAGAUCAAGUUUUGUAUUAGAGACAAGAGCUUUACAAAGAGAACAUCAUGAAUCGCUACCAAAGCAAGUCAAACCUAUAGCCUUUUCUGUAAAUGACUACCCUACUGAAGAUAAACUGAGAAAUGUCAGCAUUCAGACAUUAGUACCAAACAUCACAUCCAAAGAUGAACAAUCUGAUAUUGUAAAGAAAACUCACACUAUGACCAUGCUAGAAGAACAGUACCCCUCUGAAUUUUGGAUAAGAGUAUUUACGGACGGAUCAGCCACAAAUGCAAUAAAAAACGGAGGGGCUGGUAUAUAUAUCCAAUAUCCAAAUGGAGAGCGACAAUCUGAAGCAAUACCAACAGGCUUGCAUUGUUCCAACUAUAAAGCUGAAGAAAAAGCCAUCAGUCAUGCUGCACAUACCAUCACAGACAAAGUCAAUAUCACAACUCCAGUUGUUUUCCUUACAGAUGCUCUGUCUGUAUUACAGGGAUUGACAAACAACAAGCUACCAUCACUAGAACAGGCGCUAUUUAACAUUCAAAGUCGCAUAACAGUGCUACAAUGGAUCCCUUCGCACUGUGGAGUCUAUGGUAAUGAACAAGCUGACAUUCUCGCAAAACAAGGUGCUGGACAACAACAGGAGGAAAACCCAGUUUGCCUUGCAGAGAUGAAAACCAUAAUAAAAUCUGUACAGAAAAUCCAACCAUCAAGACAGUUACCACCAUCUGUCGAGACCUGA